AUGGGAAAUACAGUUUCAACGGAUGAACAAUUGAUAGCUGUUUCAAAGGAAUCCUUACAGUCGGUUGCUAAUGUAAAAUCAGAGGAAGUCUUCAAGGUUCCUGGCUUUUUUACUUCGGAGCCUGAAGAAGGUUUUCCAAACAUUGAUGGUUUCAGGCCGACCAUGUAUUACUUGUUGGAUGAGGAGAAAAUAUCAUCAGAAGAGGAUGAGGAAAAUAGAUAUUAUUAUAUUGUUAGAUUAUUUACGGAGAGGAAGAUGGAUCAACAUGUGAGAGAAAGACUUGAAGAGGAAGAGAAGGCAGCAAAGGAAUUUCCAUCAUUGAUGCAGAAAGUGGAGAUUCAUAAUGCUACUUUGAAAUUUGGAGAAGAAAAGAAGGCAGCCCUUUUUAAGGUUGGAAGUGAUGAGGGAAAUUCAUUCAUGUCUCUUUUUGGUUUGAAUGGAUCUAAUUUGAAUUAUUAUAUGAGGGUUAGAUUGGUCAGUUCUGCAAUUUUGAAUGUUGUCAAGUUGUUUGAAUUGAGUGAGAGAAAGUAUUGCUUCCAUCCUAUCGAUAUUUCACACGUUGCUAUUCAGGAGAAUUUGAAUAUGAGAUUUUUCGAUUGUCUUCAUGUUAUUGCUUAUCAGAAUGAUAGAGGAUUGAGGACUGUUUGUAAAAUAGGAGUUUGUAUAUUGACAUUUAAUGAAGCUCUUUAUAAUAAGGACAUAUUCUUUGAGGAAUGGCUUUCCAAUCCAAAUACUACAAUUCCUGUAUUUUCAACCCUAUUUAAAAAAGUAUUAUUGGAUAAUAAUUUCAAAUUGGAUGAUAUUAAAAGCGAGUUGAGCAUAUUGGAAAUAUUAAGCAAACGAACAAUUGAUCCAUCAGUUGUUAAUUCUGAAAAUUUCAAAGAUUUAAUAACAAUGUAUGGAAGCUUAUUGUCUCAUCGUCAGUCAGAUCCUUUCCAUGACACAUUAAUGCAAUAUCUCACUCAAUUAAUUUCUAUAACAGCCCAAAAUCAUAAGGAAGAUCUGUUACAAUGUAACGAAAAUUCAUUCUUGUGUACAUUAUUAUUGAAUUCAAUCUUUAAGAGAGAUCUCACAAAUAAUGCCACCAAUGUUUCUGAUCAAAUCAAAGCACUUUCAAACAUUUUCAGAGGUGUUUAUUCAGAAAAGCCAGAACUCAUUGAAAUGAUUUCUACUGCAUUGAAAAAUUCCAAAAAGACUAUCAGUAAUGAUCUCGGAGUGUCAAGAAUAAUUCUCGAUGCUAAACUGUUUAUAGAGCUAUUAUUUUCAUCAAAUGGGCAUGCUAUUUCAGAGGAAGAAGUGGACAGUAUAUCUAAAUGGAUGUUUGCUUAA